AUGGCUGAAGAAGUUCAGCGGAAACAAUUGGUCUGUGGGAACAAAGUAUCGAGGGAGGUACGAGUUUUCUUCUCAAAAUCAAACCAAUUUGUUUAUGGUUUGGGGAUGGGUCAUAAAGUUAAAGCACUUAGGGAGAGACUAGCUGACAUCGAUGCUGACAGUAAACAAUUCAACUUUGAGGUUCGUGAUGAGGAGAAAGCUUCUUUGAACACGGUCAGGGAGCAAACUACAUCCUCUGAACCUGAAGUUAUAGUUGGGAGAGAAGGUGAUAAAGUGGCACUUAAAACUUUUUUGCUGAAUUCCAACUAUGAACAGAAUGUUUCUGUCAUCUCAAUA